AUGGUCAGCUCCUGUUGUGGCUCUGUCUGCUCUGAGGAGGGCUGUGGCCAAGGCUGCUGCCAGCCCAGCUGUUGCCAGACUACCUGCUGUAGGACCACCUGCUGCAGGCCCAGCUGCUGUGUGUCCAGCUGCUGCAGGCCCAGCUGCUGUGUGUCUAGCUGCUGCAGGCCCCAGUGCUGCCAGUCUGUGUGCUGCCAGCCCAGCUGCUGUCGCCCCAGCUGCUGCAUUUCCAGCUGUUGCAGGCCUUCCUGCUGCCUCCCAAGCUGCUGUGUGUCUAGCUGCUGCAGGCCCUCUUGCUGCACCUCUGGCUGCUGCCGCCCCACCUGUUGCAUUUCUAGUUGUUGCAGGCCUUCCUGCUGCCGCCCCAGCUGCUGUGUGUCUAGCUGCUGCAGGCCCCACUGCUGUCGCCCCAGCUGCUGCAUUUCCAGCUGUUGCAGGCCUUCCUGCUGUCGCCCAAGCUGCUGUGUCUGCUGUCGUCCCAGCUGUUGCAUUUCUAGCUGCUGCAGGCCUUCCUGCUGCCGCCCCAGCUGCUGUGUGUCCAGCUCCUGCAGACCCCAGUGCUGCAUCUCCAGCUGCUGCCGCCCCAUCUGCUGCCAGACCACUUGCUGCAGGACCACCUGUUGCCGCCCAACAUGCUCUAGUGGUUCUUGCUGCUAA